CAUCCGGGACCUGAAAAAGAUCGCCCGGCAUUUCCACUUCGGGAACCAGGAGGAUGCGCACGAGUUCCUGCGGUACAUCAUCGACGCCAUGCAGAGGGCCUGCUUGAACGGCUGUGCCAAGCUUUUCCUCUGCAGAUACCCGCAUCUAGGUCCUCAAACCUGCUGAAACUCAAAUAAGGGCCUGCACCUGCUCCCGGACAAGGCCUCUCCCGGUUCACGCUCCUAGAUGAGGGCAGGCUGGCAGGACCGGGCAGUGGUGAUGGAGCUCUGUCCCAGCGUGUGGGGGCGGGAGCGUGCCAUGGCGAAUCCCUCUGAGGGCCGUCCACCAUUGCCGCGGACGUUUCCCUCUCUGAAGUCACCGCGUUAACCUGAUAGGGAGGUUGGGGGCAGUAGCAACUGUAAUGUCUUUAUGGAAAAACCUGAAGAAAGCAGGCAGGAGCAUGUAUAAUUGCUGGUAUUUCACUCUGUCCAGUGACUCUUUAUUUCAAGUUGUUGACACACAGGCAGAUGCGUGUGACAGAACUGACCAUCCGCCACGUGGCCCCUUUUGUAGCAGUCGCUGUCAGAAAUGUUUCUGUACUCUGCCUGGGUUGGUGGGUUCAGACAAGCACAAGCUGAAAUGCUCCCCAUUUCAUGGCUGUGGCCCAGACUUAGAGCAGGACUGAGUCCUCGACUCUGGGCACACUUCCCUUGAUCUGGAAUGAGCUUCAGGGAGGCAAGUUGAGUCACAGCCAUGUUAACGGGCAAACCUCCACGUCAGUGGAUGAGACACUCCUUAAACUGAAGUUUCCCUGGUGCUGUGCCGAGGCCCCUGGCUUGGCCACGUGUUCUUCCUCAUCCUCAAGGGAUGGAAGCCUCCCCGCCAGGCAGAUCCUGGGUCUGCCCCUCCCACGCGCUGUGGCCUGAUAGCUACUGAUCCGAGCUCUGUGCCAACCGCGUCCUGCAUGCCGGGCACUGUGUUAGCAUUGGGCACUUCCAGGUUACAGAUGUGGCCCUUGAGAAGCUCAGAGUGUCAUCGAGGAAGAUGUGACCAGCUGGCAAUGUCACAUAGGGAGUGUUGUAGUGGGACCCAGGGAGCUGCUCCCAGGAGAAUUCAGUGUGGUGUUCACUGGAGGAGCCUCCUGGGGGGAGUGACCCUGAGGCUCAGGGCAGGGGAGGUGAGGCCAGGAGCACGGCUGGGCCUGUGCAAAGCCCGCAGAGGCAGGCCGGGAGAGGGUGGCUUUCCUGCCGUGCAGCCUGCGCGCGGCAGUGGGUCCCGGGCCGGGCCACAGAGCCGAGUCAGCUGGGAGGUCUUAGGAGUAACUGACCCUGACAUGAUGCCAGGCCGAUUAGCCAGACUGUGAGGUGGAGAACUGGGGAGGGCUGUGGUAAGAGGUAGAAUGGAUGAGUUUUGGGUUUGGGGCUGGGGGUGGGAGGUGCUCAGGUGGGUGGUCUGGGCAGCAGGGUAGGUGGUAGAGCCAUUCAUGGUACAGGGCACAGAAGCGGCCAGGUGUUGGGAGAAAUGAGGGCAUCGGGCAUCAGGUGAGCCAGAUGUGGCCUGGCACCGUGUGGGGGAGAGUUGGAGCUUGCUGGACACCCGUCCAUGGGAAAGGUCACUGGUCUGAGGUGACAAGAAGAAAGAGGAAUGGUGUGGGUGACAAGCUCUCCAUAAGGCUAAAUUAUUCCACUUAAUUUAGGUGCAGGUUUUUUGUUCCCUGAGCUUGUCAGUAACUUUCAGCAUGUGAGCACAGUACUUGGAAUAGUUCGUCAUGGAACUUGCUGGUGUUUUCUUUGUGACCUGCUGGCAGAUUAGUGUAUGUUCCCUGAGGUGGGAGGUGGUGCGUCCUGGUGUUACCGCGUGGUGCUUGCUCCUGUGUCCCUGGGAUCCGCGGAAGUGGUCCGGGGCCUGCCUUCUGUGUCUCUGCCAAGCAGGCAUGUUAAGUCCCGUUACAGGUGAGUGUCUGUCUCUUCGCGUCUCCUGUGGCUGUGUUAAGGGCUUGUGGUUAGCCAACCUUCACCUAGCCUCAUCUUCACCGAGAUUUGCAGCUUGUAGGGUGGCAUAGUCAUUGUUACGUCUGAUGCUUUUUGGCUUGAAUUCUGUGCCCUCUGUCGGGAGUGCAGCCCCUGCUUUAUGAGGUUCCCUCUCGCCCCUACUCCUUUGUCCUUUGUCAUCUGAAGCAGUCUGUUUUAGGCAUACCUAAGGCCUGGUCUUGCUUCAUGAGCAACAUUGAAAAUCUGUGUCGUUGGUAGGCCCGGCAGCCCCUUCCCAUUUGUGGUUGGGACUGGACAUUGGUCAUGACUCUGCUGUGUGAUAUUUCAUAAUUACUACAGAAAGCAUGUUGAGUGUUUGUUUCUUUGAUUUUUCUCUGUUUUUAAGCUUCUAUUGGUAUUGAAGGAGGACCUUUGUUUCUGUGCCAGGACUGCCUUGUACGUGGGCCUCUUGCACAUGCCUGUGGCCCUCUUCUGAGCCCUGCUGUGGUCCCUCUGUUCUUAGUGGCGUCCUUUGCCCCCUCCCUCCUCCCUGUCCUCUCUCUCGCCUGCAUCUUCGCUGCAUCAUUUCUGCUUUUGACAGAUGCUGCCCUCCCACGUCUGUCCCCACCUCCCCGGCCCAUGCCCUCGGGCCUCUCAGCCUCCUCCCCUGCCUUCGCCUCUCUCCGCGGUCCUGGCUUCCUGGCCUGGCGCGCCCUCGCUGCACCUCUAUCAGGAUCUCUUCUCUCUGGGGCGCCAUGUAAUUCAGUCUUCAUUUCUCAAGUGGUUUCGCCGUUUUCUUCCGUGUCCUCCCUGAGUUCAGUUAACUGCUGUUAUUUUUGAGUUUUGAAGUUUUUCACAUGGUUUUCAUGCCUCGACACCUAUUUGAGGCUCUGAAAUUCAGCUGAGAGCUUUGUGUUGCCCUUCUUUGCACUCUGUGCCAGCCCUCGGGAGACUGCGCCCCUCCGGGGAGGGGUCUGGUCCUUGUUUGCUGCUGCCUGCCUUGGGCCCAGCUGCAGACCCAUGGGGCCCCAUCUGGGGCGCUCCGUCAGCGCCCUGAGCCUUAGUGGUGGCCGAGGGCUGGGGAGCCUCUGGCCCUUUGUGGGCUCUCGGGACCUGAGCUUCCCUUCUGCCUCUUGCCCCCCACACCCUGCCUCCUGAGGAGCCCACCUCCUUGCCUUCCUGCCUUUGGGGACCGCGGCCUGUCCGGGCCCAGGGUGCUUCAGAGCCGCAUGCCAGGGCUUCCUGGCAUCCCCUGGCUCGGUUUCUCCUGGGCGGAGUGUUGAAGACGGCCUGCUGGGAUCUGGCUUGAUUUUUCUGCCUAGGGGAGAGUUUGAGGCAGGGCGGAGAGCGGGUGCUGUGGCUCUGUUUGUUCCGGCCUCAUGGGCUCCUGGGCGACUCGGGGGCCAUCUGGGGCUUGGUGGCUGGUGAGUAGCAGCUGCAGCAGAGGCCUCAGAUCCCUGUUAGUGAGGGGCUGGGAGGUUGGAGUAAGGCCUGCGUGCCCGUAAAGCCCACACGCCUCACAGCUGCUGUCCUGUCAGAAGGAUGCAGAGGCGGGGUCUUCGUCCCUGCUUGGUCCCACCUCCGUCUACCAGAGGAGAGGCUCCUGCAUGCGAUAGUAGGUGCUGAGACGCCUGCCUUGGGGGCCCAGAUGGGGAUCGGAGGCCACACUGAAGUCCCCAGUGAAUGCAUGUGUCCUGGCUCUGGGGGACGCAGGAGCUGCGUGCUCGCUGAUGUCCCGCAACCCUGAGCAGGUUGCUGGGACCCUGCUGUCCUAGAUGGAUGCGGGGGUAAGGCUGUCAGCGAAACAAGCCCGAAUCCUGUUGGGAAUAGGGCGUCUCACACUGUGUAUGAUGUCAUGCUUACUCCUGGUUCUUUUACAGACAGAUGUGGCAUUAUUGCAAGAGUUUUUGGCUUUCUAGUCAGGGAGGGGAGUGGCCUGGGCAGGAAGGGGUGCGUGGGCUCCGGGAGGAUGGGGGCACUCUGUCAUUGAGACUAGGCGAGCACACAGGUACAUUUCUUGGGCUUUUUCCUUUCUGUGGAGUGGGAGAUGAGAUCACCUGCAGAGUGGAAUGGGAGGGGUCCUGAGGCUGCUGGGGGAGCGGGCGUGCCCGUCACAGCGUGUGGAGAGACCACCAGGCCAUGCUGGGGUCCUGCCCCAUGCAGGGGCCUGGGAUGUGUGGCUGUGCGCCGAGCUGGAGGUGAGAGACGGGCAGUGGGGCCGGGCCGCUGGCCUCCUCUCCUGCCUCCUGGCCUCUCCUCAUGGCUGUGGCCUUCUCUCCAGGCUGGAUCGUCAAACGCAGGCUACCACUUUGGUCCAUCAGAUUUUUGGAGGCUAUCUCAGAUCGCGUGUGAAGUGCUCUGUGUGCAAGAGCGUCUCAGACACCUAUGACCCCUACUUGGACGUCGCUCUGGAGAUUCGGCAAGCUGCAAAUAUUGUGCGUGCUCUGGAACUUUUCGUGAAACCAGAUGUCCUGAGCGGAGAGAACGCCUAUAUGUGUGCUAAGUGCGAGAGAAAGGUCCCAGCCAGCAAGCGCUUCACCAUCCACAGGACGUCCAAUGUCCUGACUCUGUCCCUUAAGCGCUUUGCCAAUGUCAGUGGAGGGAAGAUCACCAAGGACGUAGGCUAUCCGGAAUUCCUCAACAUCCGUCCAUAUAUGUCCCAGAGUAAUGGCGACCCUGUCAUGUAUGGGCUGUACGCUGUCCUGGUGCACUCGGGCUAUAGCUGCCACGCCGGGCACUAUUACUGCUACGUGAAGGCCAGCAGUGGACAGUGGUACCAGAUGAACGACUCGUUGGUCCACUCCAGCAAUAUCAAGGCGGUUCUGGACCAGCAGGCCUACGUGCUCUUCUAUCUGCGAAUUCCAGGCUCUAAGAAGACUCCUGGAGGCCCCCUGUCCAGGUCAGGGUCCUCCCUUCCUGGCCGCCCCGGUGUGCUUCCAGACCACGUCAAGAAGAAUGUCAGCAGCCGGACUGUGUCCUCCCCGCUGACUGCAAAGAGACCAGACCCUGUGAUGACGAGAAAGCCACAGACCCCUGAAGAGGUCGGCGUGCCUGUUUCCAGGAACAGCUCCGUGUCGGGCCUGAAACCUCAGAAUGGAUAUGUUCCCCCGAAGCUGUCCCUGGGGUCCCCGUCCCCCAGACUCUCCAAAGCACCUCCACACAGGCCGACCGUUCUGGAUGAGCCUGGCAAGAAAGUCCGGAAACCGGCUCCCCUACAGCACUCCCCCCCGACACUUGGAACUUCUCCGGAGUCCCGUGGCCCCCGGGACUCGAGCGGCAGCCGGCGUGAGAGCUGCAGGCCGGGCUCCUGGGAUGGCGGGGGUGCCGUCCUCUCUGCCUCACCCAAGCUCCGAGCUGCAGCGGCCGCCGCCAGGCCGCAGCCCCAGGCGGGUGACGAGCGCGCCCACCUCGAGAGGCCGGGCUACAGCGAUGCCAGCCCGGAGCGCUCUGCCGGCAGUGGCCCUGCCGAGGCCCCCCUGGUCCCCAGGGGCGGAGCUGCCCCCUUCCGGGAUUCUCAGGGAACCCCCUCUUCCGCUGCUGGCCCCUCCAGAACGCUGCUGGAUGAAGACCCUAAGGCGGGGAGGCCCCAGUCCCCUGCCCUGAAUAACGCUGCCCCUGAGCCCGCAAGCGUCAUGUCUCCCCCACCAGCGAAGAAACCGGCCCUUUCUGCCAAGAAGGCCAGCACCCCGUGGAGGGCAGCCGGCAAUGACCUCCGUCCACUUCCCCUCUCGCCACUCUCCAACCUCACCUACCCCAGGAAAACCACUCACCCCGGCGCCGUCUCCACCUGGCCUGUCAGCACCACCAGAUCACCCGGCCACCUGAAGCCGCCCCUCGGUCCCUGCUCCGCGUCACUGUCCAGCAGCCCCCAGCCUCUCAGGACGUCAGACCCACAGAGUUGUUCCAGCGCCUCUGCUUCCCUGCCUCAGGCCAGUGGGGGCCUCAGGGCCCCUCCACACCAGCUUCCAGGGGCCAAGGAGCCCCCCCAGAACCCCUUUAAGAAGAGGAAAAAGAGCCGCUCGGGAGAGAUCCAGGGGCUGGGCUCAGAGACGUGCCAGGCAGCCCCUCCCCGGAAGAGGAGAAGGCGCAAGAGGAGACACUCGGAGGUCACAGAGGCCUCCCCGCUGUCGGAGGGGCUGGCGCAGAGGCAGCUCUGGGGCCCCAAGCACAGGAAGGAGGGCCGGGUGGAACUGCCAGUGGACAGACCGGAGGACAAGGGUGGACGGCAGCAGGUGAACGGCCAGCACCUGGUGAAUGGCUGGCAAGUAGGAUUUGUGACCGACGGCCACCACACAGACAAGAGGAAGAGGAGGAGGAAGGGAACGGAGGGCGCAGGUGGCAGAAACCGCCUCCACCAGGACCCACCUUGGCACAGGGACCGCCCUCCCUCGGACCCCACCAAGCCAGAGGUCACCGCAGCGUCGCCAAGGAAAAAGAGAAAGCGGGCGAGCAAGCAGGAGUCACAGCAGGAAGUGGAGGAGAACGGGCACCCUAAAGGCCGGAGGGGUGAGGGGCAGAGGGCCUCUGCUGUCCCUGCGAGAGGGCGCCGGCCAUCUGUGAACGGCGGGCUUCCAGGGGACCGUGCAGAGCUGGGGCAGGCUCCUCAUGUAUCCUGGGACAGAGAGAGAGACUCCGAUGUGGUCCAGGAAUUGCUCAAACAUUCAUCGGAUAAGGCUUAUGGGAGAAAAGUCUUGACGUGGGAUGGCGCCGUGUCGGCUGUCAGUCAGGACGCCAUUCAGGACAGCAGACUGGCUCGCACUGCCACGGUGAUUGAUGACUGGGAUGAAGAGUUCGAUCGAGGGAAGGAAAAGAAAACGAAAAAACUCAAGAGAGAGAAGAGGAGAAACUUCAACGCCUUCCAGAAACUUCAGAGUAGACGGAACUUUUGGUCUGUGACUCACCCAGCUAAGGCUACCAGCCUCAGCUCUCGCCGCUGAAUUUGCUGCCGACACAACAGGAACAGUGUUCUUUGCCCCACAGCUUGUGGGAUGAGGUGUCUCUUCCUGGGACCUGUCCAUCUGGAUGGAAGAGUGGCCCUGCGUGGACUCCCUGGCCCUGUCAGCUCCAGGCCCUGCACUGUGAGCCUCCCGUGAGAGGACAGCCCACAGAGGCCCUGGGCUUCUGUGGAUCAGGACCUCUGGUGAUACGAUGCGUGCCACGACAGACCACACAGUGGCCUGCAGAAGGGGCGACAGGACACCAGCUGAGAACCUGCACAGAGGAGUCCGGUCCGGGGGCUGCGGGAGAGCGUGGGGAGGACGGUGGCCACGCCCCUCGUGUCCUCAAGCGCCCGCAGGCGACAGUGUGCGGUGGCUGCUUUCAUCGCCGAGCCGCCCAGCAGCUGCUCCUGGCCACUGGCCCUGCUGUCUCGCCGGCACUCUGCCCUCCCUGCCUCCUGGGGCGGGGGCUCUGUCUGUAUGCCUUACCUACCCACCCCCAGAAAGUGAGCCCAAGGCCGGCCCCCACUGCUGCCUCUCCCUUUUCUGGAACUGGGGAGCAGCCCUGCCAGCUUAUCUCUCCCUUGCUAGAAACUCUAGAUGAUCUGUGGGGAGCAAAAGGCUAUUUUGGGGUGGGGUUGUGGGGGUUUGAGAUGAUGUGCAGACACAUCUGCUUUGCAGGCUGCUAUUUAUUCCAAGGUGGCUCAUACCUUCCCUUAUGGGUGGUGGUCUCGGGGUCGAACCCUCCUUUUAUUUUACUACUUAACAUAAAACAUUUAUUUUUAACCAGGCCUGUAGCUUCCAUUAGCAAUACGUUCCCUUCUCUGAUAUGCAAAUACUGGUUUUCUUUGCUCAAUUUUGUGAGUGCUUUUGAAUCUAGAUGAUUGUGUAACUCAAGGAGAUGGCUUUAUCUUGCUCAAGCUGUGUCUGCAAUCAUGUACUUUAAUAAAUAUGGAAGCCCUCAGUUAAGGUGAUAAUUUCCAGAAAAAGACAAGUGCCCAGUAGUAGAAGGUGCAGAAGUAUAUCUGAGAAUCGCUCCUCAGUGUCCUGGACUCUCCACUGCCUUUCCUCGCGGAAGUGUCCCCUGCGGAGAUGGCCUGUCUGCAGUGGCUCUGCUGCUCGCACCCCGCCCGUCUGAGGCCUUCCGGUGCCUGCGUGGCGCGGCGCCCCCUGCCGCCCCCAACUGGGCUUUGCUGCUGGACCUUCCUCCUUGCUUGGGGCCUGGGGUGAUGAUCCUGGUGGUAUCAAAAAAGGUCGCAUAUGGGGAGAUGUGCUCAUUUCUGCAUGAGGGUAGUUCUCUUCCAUUUUUCUGCCGUUCUUAUAUUUCUCUUUUCAAGAGGCGGGGAGGAGAGCAGUGGGCCGAGCUGGGGCCGCUUCUGGUUCAGGCAGAACACGAGCAGGGCUUCGCACACGCCGGUCCGGGGGCCUUGCGCUCGCUCUCCGGAGGACGACGGUGUCUGCGUGUCAGCCACACCUCGUUCGAAGACGAGGAGCCUGGCCCAGUGCCUGGUGGCUUUGGCGUCUUGACAGGAAGGCAGGAGCCUUCGUGGGCAGGGGCUCUCCCUCCUGGGGUGUGACUUUCAUUCCUGUCUGAGCUACUUCCCCAGGCAUAUUUUUCUGUAUGUUCUGCAGUUGAAAAAGAAAAACCCAGUUGCCUUCUAGCACAGAACUUACAUCCUUUCUCUUUCUUCUUCCCCGUUCAGUCUCCUCCUUUCUCCACCAUGUAAUUAUAAAGAUCAUUUCCUGAGGAAAACGUAUCCGUUAUCUCUGGGGCGGUGCCAAGCACUGGCCUGACUUUCCGUAGCAUUGACCACUGCUAGGUAGAGGCGAGUCCUUCCCUCCUGCAAAAAUCGUCACCAAACUGGGAAGGGAAGUGAUAGGCCUAGGAAAUUCGAGGUGACAUGUAAAUAUAUAAAUAUAUAUAAAUAACUAAAGCUUUUAUAAUGGUGGUCACUUGGUUGGCUUAGAACAUGGGUUUAAUUUAACUUUGCGUGUAGAGUGGGUGAUGGGGUGGGCCACUUCUCCCGAUGGUCCAGUGCCCUGUCACUCACCUGCUCCUCCGGGGCGCUCCGUCUGCUAGUCCCUGUGCUCCCAACUGUUGCCAAGACCUUGGUGCAAUAAAAUAAUCAGUCUUUACGA